UAUAUUCUAUGAGCAGAGGAUGAAAACAACAAACACAAGAUCUUUAUAUAUUUUAGAAUUAGGACUUCUGAUGGAUAAUGCUAACUCUCUUUUGCCUUUUAGCUUUCAGAAGGAACAGAGGACUGAAUGGUGGGGAAUCACUCUGGAGUCAUCAAAUUUUACAUUGAAGGUUUUUCUGGUUCUCCAGAGUUCCGUCACACACUUUUUGCCAUAUUCUUCUUCUCCUUCUUUGUGACUAUAAUGGGAAAUAUGAUAAUCAUUGUGAUCGUCUGUGCUGAUCAUAGACUACACUCUCCCAUGUAUUUCUUCCUGGGUCACUUGUCUUUCCUGGACAUCCUGAUUACCUCCACUAUCAUUCCACCAAUGCUAGGGGGCCUGCUAAUGUCUGAAUUACUGACCAUGUCUUUCUCUGACUGUAUCACUCAACUCUUCUUGUAUCUCUCUUUUGGGACAACAGAAUUUAUAUUAGUUGGAGCAAUGGCAGUGGAUCGUUAUGUGGCUGUCUGUAACCCCCUGAGAUACAACAUCAUCAUGAACAAUCAAGUUUGUAUCUCAGUGGUGAUAAUGGCCUGGUUACUUGGGUUUCUUAUUGAAAUCUGGCCAGUCUAUGCUACUUUUCAACUCCCCUUCUGCAAGUCAACUUUUGUGAACCAUUUUUUCUGUGAAAGAGGGCUAUUGCUGAAGCUUUCCUGUGAAGACACAACUUUCUUAGAGUUUAUUCUCUUCUUGAUGGCUGUUGUUAUCCUCUUUGGCUCUUUGCUUCCCACUCUCAUCUCCUAUACUUAUAUAAUCUCCACUAUCCUGAAGAUCUCUUCAGCCUCUGGCCAAAGAAAGGCCUUUUCUACCUGUGCCUCUCACUUCACCUUUGUAAUAAUUGGCUAUGGAACCUGCUUAUUUCUUUAUGUGAAACCCAAGCAGACCCAGGCAGCUGAGUAUAACAGGAUUGUCUCCUUAAUGAUUUCAGUGGUAACCCCAUUCCUGACACCCUUUAUCUUCACUCUGCGGAAUGAUAAAGUCAAAGAAGUUCUGAGAGAUGGGAUGAAGCACUGCUAUCAUCUCUUUAAGGGAUCUUGAAAAUCAGAACCCCCAAGUUGUGAAUGGUCAUUAGCUCCACACUUUCUACCCAACACCUUAUCAUCUUGUUACUGGAAAGAUAACAAAUGAACAUUUUAGCCUGAAUGAACUAAUGUAGGCUCAACAAAGGAGAAACAGGAGGAAAAAAUAUAUAUAUGGAGUAUAAUACCAUAACUCAAAACAGCAGUUUGAAUACAGACGAACUCAAUUUAAUGGCAGUGCCCAGAGGACAGAAGCUGAA